UAAACAAUGUCUAAUAUUUUGUUUACAAACAACACAUCUAAUUUUAUUGUUCGUCCCUAAAAAACUUUAUUAUAUUUAUUUUUAUAUUGAAAACUUUUAAAAAAUGACUGAAUUAAUGAUUUGUCCUAUUUGUAAAAAGCCACUUAAUAAUCAAAAUCGUCUGAUAACAGAAGAUUGUGGCCAUUCAAAAUGUCGUCAAUGUUUAAUUUCCGAAGUAAAUGGUUGCGAAAAAUGCAAACAAAACACUACAAUCCAUUCAAAUGAAGCAAUACAAACAAAUAGUAAUGAUGAAUUGUUAAAAACUAAUGAAAAACCUUUACAAAAAGCAUCUAAAACUAAAAAAUCAACAAUUCCUUCACAUAUUGUAAAAACCCAAGGCGAAGACAAUAAAACCAUUUACCAUUGCACAAUCUGUGAUAAACAUUUCAAAAGUCGAACUCAACAAUAUUAUCAUUUAUUUUGUAAUAAUUCAUCAAAUAAACCUUUUAAGUGUGAUGAAUGCUCUAAGUAUUUUUCAACAUCUGCCCAUCUAAAAUAUCACAAAGCUGGACACUCGCAACAGUCUUUUGAAUGCUCAGUUUGUAGUAAGCAAUUUCCUAAAAUUCAAAUUCUAAAAAAACAUGAAAAACUUCAUAAAGCAAUUGCUGAGCGAUGCAACGAAUGUGGGGUAACGUUAAGGAAUAAAGAAGCAUUGGAUGCUCACAUGAAGAGACACCAAAACAUUUUGCCUUUUAAAUGUAAAGAUUGCGAUAAAAAGUUCUCACUUCAAACAUCGCUACGAAUGCAUCAACAAAUUGUUCACAUGGGAGCCAAAAAAUUCAAAUGUGAAAUCUGUGGAAAAGUAUUCAACAGAAAUUCAUCCUUAAAGACCCACUCAAUAAGUCAUUCUGGUCAAAAAGAACACAGUUGUUCCAAAUGCCCUAGAUAUUUUAUUGAUAAGAAAUCUUUGAUGAGGCAUAGUAGAAUUCACAAUGUUAAAUCAAAGUAUAAGUGUACUCUUUGUGACACAUCAAGCAUUCGAAAGGAUAACAUUCUUCGGCACAUUCGAAACAUGCAUCCAAAUGAAGACAAAACUUGUAUGGAAGAAGUCACUGAAGAAUAUGAGUCUUCAGAAAAUGAGAGUUCUGACAAUGAGAAAGUUGUUUCCAAAAACGUUCCAGACGAAACAUCACUCCUAACUACAGACUCGGGCAAUCUUAAUUAUAUACCUAAAAUUAUUGUAAAUAGUUCUGUUAUCAGAUGCAUUGGAAAUGUUAAACCUGUAACAAUUAUCGAUGAAAACCAAUCGAAACCCAAGGCAGUCGAACAACAAACACCUGCUGCCGUAACUCAUCCAAUAGUUACGAUACAUAAAAAAUUGAAAAAAGCAUACGAUCCACAUGAGAUUUAUAGAAAAAUUCUUUAUGACGAAGAUAGCACCCAGGACAAUGAUACUAAUAGCAAUGUUGAAGAAACUACAAAUACAGUUAAUGAACAAACGAAACAACUUGUACAGGAAUCAACUGUAAUUUGCAAUGGACAACAAUCGAAUUUCUCUGAAACUCACUGGCGGAAGAAUUUCAAACACAAUUACCAAAUUCAAUUCGAUUGAUCUAUAUUUUUUUAAAAGAUUCACGUAUAUUAAGACGUAUAUGAAAACCGUAUAUGAAGACCGAUUUGAAUAAAUUGUGCUCAGUUUGUAUACAUGGAUUACGCCUUCCAACUAAUCGAUUAAAACGGUGAUAAGAAGCACCAGGUAAAAGAUUCAGAUAGGAACUUGACCACUUCCAGAAGAUAAAACCAUCAACCAAAUCGACUAUGUCUUAAUUAACGCAAGGCAUGCAUUGAUACGUCGAUACUUUUCGAGAAGCGAACUUUCAUUCUGACUAUUCAUUGCUACAGAGCUUUAAUAACUUACGAAACGUAUUACCGCAACUCAAGUAUUUAGAUUCUAAAGUUUCCUACUGACUAAUUGACGAUAAAUAAUAUGGCAUUUUGUCAAUAUCGAAUAUAUCCGAGUGCUCCAAGGAAGAAACAAGACUAUAUUAAAUAAGCUUAUCCGGGAUAAGCUUAUUACCAAAAUGAAAAAAAAAAAUAUUGUAAGGACAUUUGACGUCGGCAACUUUUUAUCAUUAGACACUGAAGACUUUUACCUAAUCGUAUCUAUCUUAAUCUUUCGCAAGACUAUCAUCAGCAAUUAAUAAGAAAGUUCUAGAAAACAAAAAUAGAUAGGCUCAUGCAGCGAGACAAGAGUCCUAUGAAUUAAUAGAACUCCUUACCACUAGGAACUUAACGAUAUGGCAGACAGUCCCUCAGCUUAACUUGCAACACAGAAUAUUCGAACCCUUACUUCUCAGUCAAUUUAGAGCAGCUAUGACAUAUUCUACCUCAGAACAGAAGGCUUCCGAGAUUAGAAAGUAGUUA